UGUUUCUCUUUAACUCUGCGGCAUCUCUCUGUGCUGCGCGCGGGCCUGCUGCUGUGGAGAAGGGCGGGCCUUGGACACAGCUGACAGAUUUUGGACCAUGGACUAAUUGAUGAUGCGUCACGAACCCGUCUCUGUACGCAGGACCGUAAUUUAUGCUGAUUGAGUUUAAGCAGCGAGUGCAGACUCAGGGUCUGCCAUAAAAACGACCCGCGGCUCUGCUCGGUGGAGGAUUUUGGAGAUUUUUCGCAGGUUCUUUUAUUUUAUUUUUAUUUUUUGCGCAGCACAGAAACUGGCGCAGCGGAGAAGGGGGAUGACCUCGCUAUCAUCUGAUGAUCCAAAGUGAAACCGAGGACCUGUGUAGGCUACAAGAUGAUGUCAUUAAUAGAUCUGGAUGAUGAUCAGAGAUGGGUGCCUACUCAUGUCAAUGUCACCGUGCUGCGCGCGAGGGGAUUGCGGACCAAGGGCAAGCACGGUAGCCGCUACCUCUACACAAUCAUCCAGGUGGGGAAGGAGAAAUACACCACGGGUCUGGUGGAGAAGGCGGAGGUGCCCGUGUGGAACGAGGAAUGCUGCUUUGAGCUGCUCCCCGGGAUCCUGGAGGACGGCGGCCGGAGCUCAUACCCGCCAGAGAGCGGAGACCUGAUCCUCACCGUCAUGCACCGGGUUCUGAUCGGACUGGACGUGUUUUUGGGUCAAACCAUCAUCCCACUGGAUAAGAUAUUCCAGGAUGGCGAGUGUCCCAGAGAGGAAUGGUUCAAGCUCAGCUCCAAGGUGGGCAGAAAGGAGAAAGAACGAGGUGAACUAGAGGUGACGGUCCAGUUCACCCGGAACAACAUGACAGCCAGCAUGUUCGACCUGACCAUGAAGGACAAGCCUCGCUCUGCAUUUGGAAAGCUCAAGGAUCGCGUCACAGGGAGGAAGAAGGGGGACGUGGAGUCCUCCUCAGCCAUCGUGCCGGGCCGCUAUGCCGCCCUGUCGGGAUCCCCGGGGCAGCCGUUUGGAGAGGAGGGAGGAGGUGUGCCAGAGUCACGAGAUGGGCAGAUAACAGAGGAGAAGAGGAGCAAGGUGAAAGACUUUUUCAAAGGAAGGCUGAGAAAGUCGUCCGACACCAGGUCGUGCUCUUCUUUGGCGUCAGAGGGUAGUCUGUCAUCCAUGACCAGUGAUAACCUGGGCCCUCCACCCAGCCUGGAUCUGCUCUCAGACCCCCCCAGCUCCCCCAUCUACACGAGCAAAGUGAGAGUUGACACCCACUACGGAGACACAGAUUUAGCUAAAAAAGUGCUGACCAGCCAGCACACCACAAAGGUUCUCACCCACAAACGAGCCUUCAGCGAUGAAGCCAGUAAGAUCACAACAGCCAUGACUCAGUCCAAGUCGUCCCUGUGCAUCAAUGGAAGCCACGUCUACGAUUCAGAGCCGUCCAUUCCCAAAAGCUCUGCAGCGCUCCCGUCCAAACUGGUCCUCCUGGAAAAGUGUUCGCCGCUGUCUCGCUCCCUGCAGAAUCUCACCAAGAGAAGUGAGGACAAAGGUUCCUUCUCAGAGGGCCGGCGCUGGUCGCUUGACAAGGUGAAGAAAGAAGAACGGGAAGACGAGAAGGAAGCUCGGGCAUCAUCCGCCUCAGCUCAGGAAGCUCAGACUGGGGACUGGUCGGUCCAGGGAGCAAUACCGAUGGUAUCUUCGGCUAGCAGUUCACCUGACAAAGGAAGGAAACUAAGAAAGACGUUAUUCUCUGCAGGGAGGAGUGACUCCCUCCCUGCUAAGGCUGACCUAAGCCAGGCUGGUUCUGCAUCUGAGGGGAAGUUCAGAGGCUGGUUUGGCUCCAGUGACUCUCAGAACAAGCCAAGGCUGGAAGUUUCUCCUAAGGUAGAAAGCAGCUCAGACCCACCCCUUCCCCUCCCUUCUUGCUCCCCCGUACCUCGUCAGCGCUCCCUUCCCUCUGGUCAUAUCUCACCUGAUGACCACAGUCACAUCCAUCUUCACACCCCCUCCUCCUCCUCCCCCUCUUCAACCCCCCUCUCCCCUUCAAACCCCUUUCUCCCAUGUAUUCAGCGCAACCCCUUUUUCGAGGAGCUUGUAGAGAAAGAAUCGGAGAAGUUACCUUCUGUUACAUCAUGCUCCUCUCCUGGCUCACCCCCUUUGUGUGACACCACUCUGCUUGCUCAGCCCUGCACACCCAGCUCUGAUCCCAUAGCCAGGGCUACAAACACUGCUUCCAUAAAACGGGAGCGCCCCAGGCCGAUAGCUAAGCAGACCUCGCUUCCUGCCGUAUCACCUACGGCAGCAACACCUAACUCCCCCUUUCACACCGCCCCUUGCUUCAAAACGGAGAUUUUAGGAGAAUGGGAUGACUCUUUUGAUGCCUUCGCCUCCAGCAGACUAAACUCUCCUAAACACCCUCCAGAUCAGCCAAGAACCAGUCCAACUUUAUCCUGUAAACACAGUUAUCUUCCUGUUGAUGACAUCAUCUGUUACUAUGCACAAGAACUGCAAACAUGCGAAGAAGAGCCUCCGCCGUUGCCUCCGAGAAAACUUUUAAGGACUCCAGUUAAUGAGAUUUUCUCUGAUGGCUGGCUGCACAGAGGCCAGGAGCUAGCAGUUCAUAAAGAAGCCUACCUCCUCUCUCAGACCGGCGUGGCCUCACUACAACACGGCAGAGAGGCAGAAUGCAAAAGGAACAGCAUUUCUCUGGACGUUCAUUCGAGCAGUGAGACGUCUGAGUCUCUCGGCGUUCACUCACAGCCACAGACAAAUAACAGCUCACUUGGUUUCACGCCAGAAGAGAGGCUCAAAAAGUUCAAAUAUGAACCUCUGGAAGAUGAAACUGAUUGCUGGGGAGGGAUGCUGUUUGAGCAAGAUUUGUAUGGACGUAUGUGCAGAAGAAGUUAUGGACAACAAAAGGUAAAUAGUCAUCAUUUGUCACUGACCGCUGAGGACAUUGCUGAUAGUACAUUAGCUAGAUCAGAAAAACGUCUGGACAGAGACGUGGCUGUUAGAAACCUCUUAAGUGUGCCAUCUCCCAUUCCCUCCAAGGUUCCAGAUAUCUCUUACACUCCAGCAGAGGAAACGGAAGAAACCAACCUGUGUGAAACUUUGUGCAUCAACAACAACAUAUCUUUCUCACUAACUCUAGGAGACCUGAACAUGAACGUAAACAAUUCGGACUUUGGUUUUAUCGAUUCUGAUGGGUCUUCUCAAUCAGAUGUUGCAGAUGCUUUUAAGAGCUUCGACAGUUUGGGAGGGACUUGUCCUAAUGAAGAUUUAACGGCAGCGUCUCACAACAAGGAGAAUACACCAGAGGACAUGUUCACUUUGAAAGACACAUACAUACCUGCAUUAAACUCCUCUUUUGAAAUAGCUGUGUCUUCUAAGAAACUGUGCAAAGUACCUCCAGUUUGCCAAGACAGCUGCCAAGGCUGUGGAAGUGAACUGGACAGAGCUGCUUUGGCAUCAAACAAUCCAGCAUGUAACUCAGCUGAAGUUAAAACUGAAAAUAAAGAAGAACAUAAAGGGAACAGCAGUGACUUAAAAAAGAUGAAGGAUUAUAAUGGAAACCCACAAGACCAGGCUAAGUUGUUCUCAGGGGUUGUCAGCGCACGAACCCGGCCCAGAGGAAUGACCCGACAGAACAGCAGCGGCAGCCCGAACAACCAGAGCAAAAACCAAGACCGAGACUUUGAGCAGUUUCCAUUUCUAGUUCAGAACUUUUCAGAAAUCAGUGAAGGUCCAUCAUCCUAUCAGCCCACUAAGUCAGUAUUGUCUUCCUUACAAGCAUUAGAUCAGGUAGAUAUGCUUAAAGUUAGCUCCACUGAUCAGUGUGAGGCUAAUGAAUCGCAGGCAUCUUUAAAAGGCAGCACAGCAUCACACGUAGCAGAAAAAAACGUAGAGACGAGUUUUGAAGACCUUCACACUAAAGUUGCACCAAACUCCAAAACCCCUUCUAAGUCAAAGAUUGGGACAUCUUUGCUGGAUCCUGAUCUCUGUUCUCCCCCCAUCCCAUCUGCCCUCUCCCUGUCUGCUGACACCCACUGCCCCCUCAUUCAAACCUCAGUCAUGGGGUCCAGUGGUGGAGCCACCUCCACUCUGGCUGAGACCUCCUCCACCUCCUCCACCACCUCCAGCACUGACCAGCCCCUGGUCGAUGCACGGCACUCACUUUUACCUGAGGAGACGCAGCCUGCUAGCAGCCUGCCCCUCCAGGAGAGCAGACCACACCCAGUGAAACCAUUAACAUCUAGCCAGUCUGACAAGAAGGAGAGUCGCUCGGUUCUUGAGAAGCUCAAAUCUACCAUAAACCCUGGACGCGCUGCCCAACAGGUCCCAGCUGAACCCGAGAAGAAUCAGGAGGUGAGUGUAGACAGAGCUGCUCAGUACCAGCACCUUACCAACAUGGAGCUGAUCUCCCUGCUGCUGCAGCAGGAGAUGGACAUGCAGAAGCAGCAGGUGGCCUCAGAGCAGCAGGGGCUGCAGCUGGAGAAAUGUGAGGCGGAUCUAAAAAAGGUCAAGUCACAAGUUCGAGACCUGGAGGACUACAUUGAUAAUCUGCUACUACGGAUCAUGGAGCAGACACCGACUCUGCUUCAGGUUCGCUCCAGGCACAAGUGAAAACAUAAGAUGUUAAUCUUUCAGACUGUUUCUGACCGCCUGUUACAACCAUCCAGGUCUUCUCACUGCAAAUACUGCCCAUAAUAUUACCCAUAAUGCAUGCUGGUUGCAGUUUGGCACAAACCGAAAACUAAACAAUGUGUUCAGAAAAAAGCUUUUAAGUCAGCAGAUGCAAAGGAUUGUUUCUCACAUGCUUCCUAGAUGAGUUAAGAUAUUCAGCUUUAUCCAGCUUAGGUUCACAAGGACAGCUUUUGCAUGUGCUUAGUAUAAAAACAGACAGAACAAUCAUUUGGGAGUUCACCAAAUGAGCUAAUAAAAGGCUCAAGAGUGGCUCAAGUGAUCCUUAAAGUAAAAUUGGAUUUACAACAAAAAAAAGAUUUUGACAAUCUCAACGAUGUUUUACUUUGAAUAAAAAACAAUAAAUGUUAACUCAAACGUAAACUCAAGUUGAUUUUAUAUUUUCAAAAACAAUUUUAAAUUGUGAACAAAACCAUUUUCAAAGUGCUGCUUUGCAAAGAAGCUGCUUACCACAAAAGACUGAGAGGAACAAAGCCUUAUUUUUUGUAUUUUAUUUAUAUUUUAAAUAUUUUUCUUUUGGAAAAUAAAACCUAUAAAAUCUGCUUGUCAUUUGUUUUAUGGCAUAAAAUAAAAUGUUUUAGUUUUGUUUACGUUAUGUUGUUCAUCCACAUGGAGACAGUAUUAUCUUGUAUAGGAAUAACAAAAUAAAUCUUGAGUGUGUGUGUAUCAUAAGUUAUUCAUUUUAAAUCUUUUUUCAAUAUAAUAUAUUGUAAAGAAACUCAAGUACCACUGUAGCUACCUGCAAUGCUUUUUAUGACCGCAGAACUGUAAUUAAAGUGCACAUGAACACAA